AUGCUGAAACGCUUAGGUAAAUUUGUUACAGCAGAGUACCUCAUCAACAACAAGAAUGUAGAGUUAAACAUUGGAGAUUUAAUUGAGGUAGACCGAACCAUAUACUCAGACUGGGCCCUUUAUAUUGGACAUGGGGAAGUGGCACAUCUUGCUGGUAUAGAGACCGAUAUUCCCAAUGAGGAAGCAAUUGUAGAAAUCUGCGAACUCUCAGAAAUGGCAGAUAAACACUUAGUACGAGUCAAUAACAAAGAAAUCCCAGCCAAGCAGCGUAGCUUGAAACCUCAGCCUAUAAACGUUAUAAUGAAUUCUGUGAUGAAACUUCAAUCCAAAGUUGUUCCCUUCAAUCUAAUGACGAGAAACUUUGAACAUUACGUGACAGAGUGGCGGUAUGGUAAAGGCUGGAGUGAUCAGGCGUCCACAGCAUUGAGCUCAAUGACCAUGUUCUCCAAACCAUUAAAAGACCCAAAAUGUGCUCAUAAUGCCAUGUUAAAUGGAAUCAACAUGAUAUUAGAAAGUCCGGCCAAUUCGCCCUCACCUUAG